AUGUCCGACCCUCCGAAGGUUCUCCACCGUGUCAUUCGGCGUCUUGCUAGCUGGGCUGUAUGGUCGUUUUUCACCGAGGUUCACGUUAUUGGUGGAGAGAAUGUGCCCAAGCAUGGCCCAAUAAUAGUUGCCGCGACACAUCACAAUAUGAUGCUUGAUCCUGCCAUAUUGUCUGUUGCAUUCCCCUAUGCCAGAAUACUGAACUACUGGAGCAAAGCCAGUCUGUUUGGAAAUCCCAUGCUUGCCUACAUACUAUCAAGUUCCGGCAACAUUCCUGUUGACAGAAAGAGCAAAGACCGUCAGAUACUCUUCAAGGGCACGUUCGAUGCACUUUCUCGCGGAUGGGCCGUCGCGUUGUUUCCCGAGGGAACAAGCUACACGGAACCUCGGAUAAUGCAAGUCAAGGACGGCGCUGCUUGGGCCGCGCUGGAAUAUGAGAAGUGGGUUGGAGAGAACCCAGGCAAAUCCACGGAGGGUAGUGUUACUAUCAUCCCCGCAGCAAUCGUCUAUACGAAUAAAUCUAAAUAUAGGAGUAAAGUUAUCUUAGAGUAUGGGUUCUCUCCUUCGGACAUAGUGCAUACACUCAUUCACGAUGAUAACAGAUUCGGACAGCCUAUAACGAUGGAUGAAUACAGGCAACAGUUCUUCUCUAGCGAAGAUGGCGCCCCCAGGGCUGCUGCAAAGCGGCUGACGCGAACCAUUGAACGCGAGCUUAUAGAAGCAACAAUCAACGCCCCCGAUUGGGAUACUCUUUAUGCGGCAAGAAUGGCGCGCGAUAUUAUGUGGGAAGGGGACAAGUCCAUCGACUUGAAUGACUUCGUCGCCGUAUCUCAAACGCUUGUGGAUCUCUUUUCUACACCAAAUGCUACUCCUAAGAUGGCAUCCAUGAAGCGCACGUUGCUUGAAUAUUACUCGCUUCUCCAGUCUACCCACUUGACGAACUCGGUUCUAUCCUCGCUUCCGUUGCCGCGAACAUUGGAUCCAAGGCAUCCCGCGACCUUACCAAGCCGCUUUUACACACUCGCGGUUUUAUUCCGAGAUACGCUAUGGUCAUUGCUUAGUUUACCAUUCUUCGUGUUUCCCUUGAUUGUUCAUUCGCCCGUGUAUAUCAUGGGAAGACUCGGUGCUAGGUUGGUUGAAGAUGAGGAAGAGACUCAGGCCCAGAACAAGGUGCUGUUCGGGUUACUUUUCACGUUACUCAUGUAUCCUGCCUCGUUCUUUUUCUUGUGGGCCCUGUUCAUGUACACCCCGAUCGGCGCAAUACUUGCCUUCGGCACGGUUUAUUACCUAGCGGUGUACCAUAACAAGAUGAUCAAUGAUUAUUACGAAAAUGCCAAACGAGUGAUCGCAGCUUGGCGUGUACUUGUUGGCGUAUGGGCCCCAAGGCGAUGGGAAUUCUCUACUGCUGUCUUAUCGCAGUACACUACCCCCAUUGUCCCCAAGGAAAAUCCCUGGAUAGACAAACCCAAAUCGUCGACCUCAUCGCCCGCACGUAACGUCGCCGCCCCGCUUCCUUCCUCGCUAGCGUCCGGUUUAGAACCACCCGAGCCGCCCGUGUCUAGUGCCCCGAGACGGCGCCCACCUUCCCGCAGGAUCAUGCGGCACGUAUUACGUGCCAGAGUAGAAGCCGUGAAAGCGCUCGCGAUCUUCUUUGAUCAGCUGGAGAAGAAUAACCAACGUGUAUUAGCGAGCGUUCAUCUGGCCAAACUGUACGGUGGAACGGUGGAGGAACGGGCAGGCAGUUUGGACGUCACAUCGGAUGGCGUAACACCCGCGUCUGAACCGGUUGGCUGGAGGAGAGCGUCGGAAGUUAUCUCCUUCCUGACGAAGCGGAGCGCAAAGGUCCCGUCAUUGAGUUAUCGUGGAGACGCUGAUUGGGCAGCACUGAGUAGCGAGGGCGAAGGAGAGGACUCCGAGAAGGAGAAAGAUCAGGCGACUUGGGUACCCUCCAGUUCAUGA